CACCACUACCCCCCAACCGCCUGCCUACCCUGAUCGCCCUUGCUAAAGACAAUCGCCUCGAGCACCCCAUUGCUUUGCCCGCCGUCUUCCGUCACUUUGUGGUCGCUCAGUUUUUAGACUAGACCAAAACUGCCAUCAUCUGCCAUCAUGUCCGGCCCCGUGACCAGCGACACUUGGGAUGCUGUGCGAGAGGUCCUGCGCGAGCUCUACUUGACCGAAGACCGCCCCCUGGUAGGCCCGGAUGGUGUUAUCGAGGUCAUGAGAGAGCGCCAUAGCUUCCUUGCCUCAAAAGCCCAGUACGAGACCCGCUUUCGGAAAUGGGGAUUCCGCAAGUAUUCCAAGUCGAAGAAGCGUGAAGACUGGCUGGCCAUUAGUCGCAAAUUCGAGGCGGCCAAGGCAAAAGUGGCCAAGACAGGAAGCUCAAAGGAGCCCCGUCUGUAUCAUUGCGGCAAGCUUGUCACGACAAAGGUGCUCAAGACCAGGAGCUUCAUGACCUUCCUCGAGAAGCGCGCCUUUGACCAAGAUCCUGUGUUCAGUGUUGAUCUUGCAGUUGCAGCGCCGUCUCCAAAAACACCCCCCGACUUCAACAUUCGCUUCCCGACCCCACCGCCAAUCGUCGUCUCGAGCCUGCCAUUUCUUGACUUUAAGGUGAUUAUUGACCAUCUUGGUACGCGUCUCAAACUCGAUGAUCGUCCCGUGACGGAGCUUGUCAGACUUUUCCCCAACCCCAAGACGGCCACGCACAGCCCUCUAGCUGGAUUCCGUCCCUUCCUUCCAAGCUCGCCUGAAGUCCUCGGGCCCUUCUCGUCUGAAGACAGCCAUCUAGACUUGCAACAGAUUAGGGGAAUCCAAGUCCUCAGCCUGGCAUCGUACUUGCUAUCAAAUAACCUCCCCGGUAACUUUGAUGGAACCCAACUCUAUUCCUGGCUCAAAGAAAUCGGCGCAUUCGACAUGCUCGAUCACGCUGUGGAUCUGGCCGGCCCGAGUGCCGAGGCGCUCCUCGAAACAAGUUUUCGAUUGGCUGUCGAGACGGAGGACUUGCCCGCAGUCGAAUACCUUCUUCAACUUGGUAUCGAUCCCAACGGCCGAUCGUGCAGAUUUCGUCACAUCCCAACGCCCCUGACUCCCCUGGAGUUUGCAUGUGUGACCGGAAACCCCCAGCUAGCCCAAUCUCUCAUCAAGCACGGAUCGAGAAUCGAGGAUUCUGGUGUCGGAUGGACAAGGAGCCUCCUGGUUCUGCUGAUUCUGGGGUGGAACUCACGUAACACCCGCCAAGAUCAGAUUGCCCUGGAAGCAAAGAAAUCAGCCAAGAUUUGGAGCCUUGAAGCCGAUGAUGAAUCGGACACGGAGAAGCCCUCUCAUCAUAGCACCGGCCCCCUUAUCUCCUUGAUCCGCAAGCUGACCAAUCAUGGAUGCGCCGUCGACAUUCCACCCGAAUCAACGAGCGACAACACUUCCGUGGUUGCGCUCACCAAUCAACAGCAGCCCGAUCAAUUGCUGACUUGGCUCUCUGAGGGACACUCUCCUCUCACGGCAGCUUCAAAGUGCGCCAACGUUGUGAUUGUGUUUUACCUCCUUGACCGAGGAGCAAAUGUCCACUUUCGAACGGCAAAUGGAUUCUCUGCUCUGCACGAAUGCCUGGCCGGUUGGUGGGAGAGUGUGAAUUUCGCAAAUAAUACCCGGCGGCAAUGCUACUUUGAAGGGGAUAUACUCACUACCGCCUCCGGCUUGUUAGACGCCAAGGCCAAUGCGAACGACCCAGCCCCGCCUCGACGGCUAGGACGGACGCUGGUUGAUGAGUGCUUGCCCGUUACUCUAGCGGCAGAGUAUUCCAUGAAACUGGUCGACCUCCUCCUGGAAUUCGGGGCACGGCCAACAUCGGCCACCCUCACCGCCACGUUGAACUCCUCUGUAGAUGACAUGGCCUCACUCGAUCGGUUCCGGCGCCUGGCGCAUUUUGGAACGCCAGUCUCAGACACAGCCUGGCCACACAUCGUGCAUCGCUUUGCCCAAGGGGCUUGGCGCUGGCUACAGCCAAUUUUCGAAGCGGACAUGGACGAGGAGACCACUGUUUCGCUUUAUACAAAAGCAAUGACGGCCUGCAGCCUCGGCUCCCACUUGAACCUGAGGAUGAAAGAUCAUAUAACCUUCUUGUCCAGAUGCUCUUCAGAUGAGCUGGUUCCUAUUUUUGAAGCAGUCUGCCCCAUCGCAACUGUGGGGUUCCUGCAAGAGUUUGGAUCGAAUCUCGCUGGUCGAGUUCUCUCGCAACUCAGCGGCAGAGUAAUAUGCGACGCAAUUUCGAAAGAGAAUUUUGAGAUGGCUCGUCAUCUGAUUAAGGCUGGCGUGGAUGUCAAUGUGGUCACCAAUGACAACAACAGCCCCUUGACGGCAGCUAUCCGGGCACGAUGCGGGACCCUGGUGACGCAGCUGAUUGAAUCUGGUGCCGUGCCAAUGCUCCGAGGGCACGCAUGCGAAUGUGGGCGUUCGACAUUUGCCAACGCUCUGGUGGCAGCCGCUGAAAUCGGAAAUGUCUCUUUGCUCGCGAAUCUCGUAGAGCCUCUCGAUGAAGCCGAGCAGCUUGGGAGUCUAUUGCUGGAUUGCGUCCUCCAGAGCUUCCCGAAACUCCCUUCGGCCUCCUACUUUGAGCUCAUUCAGAACAUUUUCUAUUCCAAGAUCGCCCUAAUCGAUGGGCAUGAAAUGUUCCGUGGCAAUCCCCCGUCACCUCUAUACAGGGCUCUAUCCUUGAACCUUUGGGGAGUGGCAAGAGUUAUUUUGGAAGAGGAUGCCGAUGUUACUGCCGGCCUGUGGGACCAUAAUGGGGAGCGAAAAUGUGCCUUGUCUUGGGCAGUGCAUCAGGGUUCCCCUCCAGAUAUGGUCAAGGCUCUCCUCGAAGCCGGCGCCCAGGCCAACUUGGAUAGCCAGAGCGGUUGCGAGUUCCGCUCGACUGCUCUGCAGAUCGCCGCGAGACGGCAGGACCAUGAUGCCCUGAAACUGCUCCUCGACCACCAUGCCAACCCCAAUGAAGUAGGCAAGGAAGACAGGCGCACAACUUUGCAGAUUGCUGUGCAGAAAGGUGACCUGUUCAUGAUCGAACUGCUCCUCGAGCGCGGAGCGAACAUUAAUGCGCCACCUGACCCAGACAAGGGCGCCACGGCGCUGCAGCACGCGGCGAUGGGCGGGUUCGUCGGAAUCGCCGAGAUGCUAAUAGAGAGGGGGGCCGAUGUCAACGCGCCUGCGGCCGAGAACGACGGGAGAACAGCGCUCGAGGGCGCAGCCGAGUACGGCAGGAUUGACAUGAUCCAGCUUCUGCUCAACGCCGGCGCUCAGACGUGCGGACAUGGCAGCGAUUCCUUUGACAGGGCGCUCGACAGGGCCACACGGAGCGGACACCAUGCGUCCUGGAGGCUUCUCAAGCGCCGCCUGGCGGAAUCUUCAUGA